AGCCUUACAUGUCUUGCCUAUGAUUCUCUCCUUCCCUCUUACACAUCUUUUGUUGUUAUAUAUAUAACACAAAACACACAGAGACUUAGACAAUAUACACAUUAUUACACAACUUUCUUGAGGGAGAGCACAAUGCCUUCUUCUCCACCUUCAUUUCUCUCCUCUGUUGAAAAGAAACACUGGUGGCUUAGCAACAAAAAGAUUGUUGAUAAAUAUAUAAAAGAUGCAAGAUUUCUGAUUGCGACACAAGAACAGAGUGAAGUUACAACAGCAUUGAGUCUUCUUGACUCUGCUUUGACCCUGUCACCCGGGAAUGAGGCAGCUAUUGAGUUAAAGGCUCGAUCUUUACUCUAUUUGAGGCGAUUUAAGGAGGUGGCUGAUAUGUUACAGGAUUAUAUUCCUAGUGUCAUGACAUCUUUUGAUGAUUCCUCUUCGUCGUCGUCUUCAUCUUCCUCGGAUCAUUUUUCGAGAGAAGGGGUGAAGCUUCUUUCAGCUGGUGGCUCCCCGAGUCGUGGUGAACCGAGGUGCAAGUGUUUUUCUGUCUCUGAUUUGAAGAAAAAAGUUAUGGCUGGACUCGGUAAAAAAGGCGAAAGUGAAGAUCAAUGGAGAUACUUGGUUUUGGGGCAAGCAUGUUGCCAUCUGGGACUUAUGGAAGAUGCUCUGGUACUCCUUCAAACUGCAAAACGCCUUGCAUCAGCAGCAUCUCGACGAGAAAGCAUUUGCUGGUCAGAUGACAGUUUCUCUUUCUCCACAUUUCCAGUUUCUGGUGAGAUAAUAGUAUAUAAUCACCCACCGAGCCCACCCAAAACAGAAUUUGAAACCAUAAGCCACCUACUCUGCCAUAUAAAGUUCCUACGUGGCCGCAAGACCUCUGCCAUUGCAGCUUUGAAUGCAGGGCUUCAUGCAGAAGCCAUAAGACAUUUUACCAAGAUUGUAGAAAGCAGACGUGGAGCCCCUCAAGGUUUCUUGGCUGAAUGCUAUACGUACCGAGCUUCAGCAUAUAGAUGUGCUGGUAGAAUUGCCGAGUCAUUGGCUGACUGUAAUCGAGCUUUGGCUCUGGAUCCAUCUUGCAUUGAUGCCCUUAGUACUAGAGCUGCUCUUUUCGAGACAAUCAGAUGUUUGACCGAUUCCCUUCAUGAUCUUGAACACUUGAAGCUUUUGUAUAACACAAUUCUGCGAGACAGAAAACUGCCUGGAUCAGCUUGGAAGCGUCAGUAUGUGCAUUACAGAGAAAUCCCAGGAAAGUUAGUUUCACUAGCUACAAAGAUCAAGGCUUUGAAGCUAAGAGUUGCUUCUGGAGAAACUGGCAAUGUGGAUUACUACGCCUUGAUUGGUUUGAUGAAAGGAUGUUCAAGAUCAGAGCUGGAAAGAGCACAUUUGUUGCUUACUCUGCGACAUAAGCCUGAGAAGUCUAAUGCAUUCAUCGAGAGGUGUGAGUUUGCAGAUGACGGGGACGUUGAAUCAGUGAGGGAAAGAGCAAAGAUGUCUUCGCUGGUACUAUACAGAUUGAUACAGAAGGGGUAUACUAAUGUAUUGAGAACUAUAUUAGAUGAAGAAGCUGUUGAGAAACAGUGGAAACAGGCUUCUGUUGCAUUACAAGCUGCAGCAGCAAUGCAGCAAGUUCAGCAGGCUCAACAAGAACAAGUAAAAUGUAAACGAGAACCGAACAAUGCAGCAUCCAUGAAUAGGGGCAACGCAAGGGCGUCAAACUGUGAUCGUAUACAAAAUAAACCUGUUAAGCCUGCCGGUGCAACAGCUGCAUCCAUGUUUCAAGGUGUGUUCGGCAGAGACAUUGCAGCUGUUGGGAAUUUGCUAUCUCAUACCGGCCUUAAUCUUCCUAUUGCGGUAAAAUAUGAGGUGGCAUUGAGCUGUUAAUUAUUCUGGUUUACAUGAUGUAAAAAUCUAGUAGUAAUUUCAAUAAUUUUUGUAUAUGAUGGUCUAAGAACCAUGGAUUCAAUGAAAUUAAUGAGAUGGAAACUUUUAUAUUUA